AUGUCCGAACCGCGCAGUCCCGAGCCCGAGCUCAAGCCCGCCGCUGAAGUGGAUGAACAAGAACAACAGCAGGAAGCGCCCCCGACGCCCGGCGGCGACGCCGUUUCCGACGAAGAACCCGCUAAGGAGGUAGACGCCCAGGCAGAGCCAGAAGCCAAAGAGCAACAAGAACAAGAACAAGACCAAGGAGAAGAAGAGGCCGCGCAAGACAGUGGUGGCGAUAAUGAUGACAAUGACGACGAAGACAAGAUCUCCGACGACGAAUCGAUUCUUUCGGAAGUCGACGAAGCCCAGUUCGAGGACUUCGAUCCCGAGAAUGUCGACAUCGAGGACCGGCCGCAGCUGGCGAUUGACGAGGAUAACUUGAAGCUGAUCGGACGGCAUAAGCGGAAGCGUACAGAGGGCGGGGAUGAAGAGCGCUCGAAGAGGAAGAGAGAGGGACGUCGCGAGAAGAAGAGUCGGAGGAUGAGGGAGUUGGAGGAUGGAGGCGCGAGCGAUGAGGAGAAGGCUAGUCGGAGGAGAAAGAAGAAGGAGGCAGAGAUUGCGGAAGAGGAGAUGUUGGAUCCGGCUACGAAACGGCGGAGAGCGCUUGAUCGCGCGAUGGACGAGGCGUUGAAGAAGCCGACCAAGAGACGGUUUAGAAAGGCUGAUGGCAUUGACCUGGAACAAAUGGCCGAUGCUGAAAUCGAAGAUAUGCGCAAGCGCAUGACCCACGCUGCGCAGAUGGACGCUAUCAACCGUCGCGAGGGCAAGCCUGCCAUGCACAAGCUGAAGAUGCUUCCUGAGGUGGUCUCGCUGCUCAACCGCAACCAGUACGUGAACAGUCUGGUUGACCCCGAAAUCAACCUGCUGGAAGCGGUCAAGUUCUUCCUGGAGCCCUUGGAUGAUGGUUCCCUGCCGGCGUACAACAUUCAGCGGGAUCUGAUGACUGCGCUGGGCAAGCUGCCGAUCAACAAGGAAGCUCUGGUUGCCAGUGGUAUCGGCAAGGUCAUUGUCUUCUACACGCGGAGCAAGCGUCCAGAGCCCGGCAUCAAGCGCAUGGCGGAGCGCCUGCUGGCCGAAUGGACGCGCCCGAUCCUCCAGCGCAGCGAUGAUUACUCGAAGAGGGUAUACCAGGAGGCUGCCUUUGAUCCUACGUAUGUUCAUUCCUUACUCAGACCCUACUACCUCGAAUGUAUCACUGACUGGAACAGUAAACUGAGCACGACACGCACUCCAUCGGUACAUGCCACUGCUGCAGAGGCUCGUGCCCGUGAGCUACUGCCUCCUCGUCUGGCGAAUCGCGCGCGCGCUGACAUGACUCACACGAGUUAUACGGUGGUGCCGCGACCGACGAUGGUACAGGAGAGCAAGUUUGCGCGACCUCUGGGAGCGAGCGGCGAGGAUCGCUUCCGUAAGAUGCGGGCGCGGCAGAUUGCGGCGAGCAAGGGAUCCCGUCGUUGA